AUUAAAGAAAGCACUUGGAGAAUGGAGUUAUACGCCUGUACUAUUUGAUUACAUGACUUUUCCACAAAAUUUAAUUCCUCUAUUCCAUCGUUCUUGCAUAAAUUUCAAGUCUUUACUCUUACGGCCUUUGAAUGUAAUAUUUCAAAUACCUCCAAAUCAAAUACUCCAAAUGACACAAUUUUUACGCAAGAUCUUGGACUCUCUACAGAGUCUUUAAAAAAAAAAAAAAAAAAAAAAAAAAAAAAAAAAAAGGGUCAGUGUUGGACUGUUGGUAUGCUAUGUUAAUUAGAUUAACCGGUUAAAGUAUUAGGGUUUAAAGUUCAAGCUGCGUUUAUAUCUUGCCCUUGACAUGCCUAUCAUGUCAACGAGUCCUGUUACAUUUUUGUCUCUUAAAGUAGGAAAAUGACUAGUGGUUUGGGCAACUGGGCUAGGCAGUUUGUUACAAAUUUCCUCUUAUACUCAAACAACUAUUUACUGAUCUUCUUACCACAUAACUCUGACAUAAAUGGGGAUAUUUUGGUUUCUGUACUUUGUCAUGAAUCAUAGCCUAAUGUUAGCAGCAGGUAAUACUUAUUACCGAUGCUACUCCACCGGCAACUUCAGCAGUGACAGUCAGUAUAUCCGAUCUCGGAAUAGCCUACUCUCUGCACUUGCUGAUGGUGUGAAAGACCAGGAUGGUUUUUACAGUACUACAGCCAUAGUGUAUCCCCCAACACCACUUCCUGACUGUCUAGGCCUUUGUAGGAAAGACCUGAUUUCUUCUGAUGACUGUUACAACUGCAUCAGCAAAUCAGCCUCUGAUCUCAGCCGCAAUUGUCCUGUCCAAAAACAGAUCGUUGCUUGGGGGGCAGACGCCGACUGUAUGGUUCAAUGCAUCCCUCCAGCCACCCUAAAGCCACAAACAGAUGACACACACCCUUCAGAACACGCGUGCAAUGCUACCGGUGUCUCAGCUAUUAACCUCUCUCGGUUUGGUGGGACAUUAGCUAAUGUAACAGCUAAACUUGCUGUUAAAGUAGCUGCUGAAGGAACUUCAUCCUCUUUCCCUUCCGGAUACAACGAGCCUCAGUACUUUGCAACUGAAGAAGCAAAACUUGUUGACCAUCUGACCAUCUAUGCAGGUGGCUAUUGUCUUCCUAGCUUAUCUGCAAGUGAUUGUACUGCCUGCUUGAAAGAAGCCGCAAAUCAAAGUGAUAAAUACUGUAAUGGAAAGAGCGGAGCAAGGAUUUUUACACCUGGUUGUGUUCUACGAUAUGAACUCUAUCCAUUCUACAAGUCUACCAAAUCUGUUGCUCCAUCACCUUCAGUUUCUCCCUCGUCUAACACCAGAAAAAAGAGUAGAGCAGAAAACAGAACAGCUGUGUUUACUAUUAUCCUUCCUAUAAUUAGUGUUGUAACAUUAUCGGUCCUCAUAAUUGGCACUAGGAUGAUCUUGAAGAAAAGGAAGCAACACUGGGAUCACAAAGAUGACAUUGUUGGAGCUGGAAGUAUAGAGUCGUGCUUCGAGUUCAGCUUCAAAACAAUAAGAUCUGCGACAAAUGACUUUUCUGAAACCAACAAGCUUGGUCAAGGUGGUUUUGGUGUGGUUUACAGGGGAAGGCUUCCAAAUGGCCUGCUAGUUGCGGUUAAGAGGCUAACUUGUCGUACUGCACAUGGAGAAGCCGAAUUCAAAAAUGAAGUACAGUUAGUGGCUAGGCUUCAUCACAAAAAUCUAGUCAGGCUCAUUGGAUUUUGCUUGGGAGUUAAAGAACGGAUUUUAAUCUAUGAACUAGCACUCAGCGGAAGCCUAGAUCAUAUUUUAUUCAAUUCAAAUAGAAGGGAGAAUUUAACUUGGAAGAUCCGUUACAAUAUAAUUGAAGGAAUAGCACGUGGACUGCUUUAUCUGCACGAAGAAUCUCAGUUGAGGAUUAUUCAUCGUGAUCUCAAAGCUAGUAAUAUUUUACUAGACGCGUCCAUGAAUCCAAAAAUUUCUGAUUUUGGGACAGCAAGACUCUUUCUUGAAGACCAUGGAAGUGCUUCUAGAAUUGUUGGUACAUUUGGUUACAUGCCUCCGGAAUAUGCAAAAUAUGGAAAGAUUUCAACAAAGGUUGAUGUGUUCAGCUUUGGUGUGUUACUCUUAGAAAUUGUUACUGGAAGAAAAAACAGUGCAACUAACAACCCAAGCCGGCUUGAGCACCUAUUAAGCAAGGCGUGGAAAUGCUGGAAGGAGGGACAACUUCUAGAACUGAUAGACCCGAUGUUACUGAGGGAAGAUGGGCAAGUCAAUGACAUAACACGAUGCAUUCAUAUAGGACUACUUUGUGUACAAGAAAAUGUUGGGUGCAGGCCUAUCAUGAAAGAUGUAGUUCUAGUGCUCGAAGGUUGUUCCCAAAGCCUCCCAUCUCCUUCAGAACCAGCAUAUCUUAUGGAGAUUGUCAGUGGUGAGCCAAGUGUAUCUACCAUGGAGCAAAAUUUGGCAUGGAGGAGCCAUGCAUCAGAUACAGAUCAGGCAACAAGCGGCCUGUCAUCAUUAUCAUCUGCUGGCUUCACAUCAGUAAACGAAGUUUCAUUCAGUCAUACAUAUCCUGAACCUCGAUGAUGAAUGUAUAUAAUCUGAAGUACUCUUUAUGCAUUGAGAGGACUGAUGCUGUUGUUCUAAAUUAAUCCCUUGUAACUUUUUACUAGCUGCCUUAAAGUAA